UUUAGACCUUCCACGUGGUAUUUGUUUAUGUUUACGAAUGGAGAAGAAACUGGUCAAAACAGUAUUCGUGACUGUUGGAACAACACAGUUUGACGAUUUGAUACAAACAAUAUGUUCUACUUUUGUUACAGAGGAACUAAACAGAUUAGGAUAUACAGAUUUAGUUUUACAGAUUGGGAAUGGAAAUGACCCUGUAAGAGUUGAUGAACAUAAUCUCAACAUUAAGUUUUAUAGAUUUAAGAAUUCGAUAGAGGAAGAUAUAUCUAAUGCAUCUUUAGUAAUUAGUCAUGCUGGGGCUGGUAGUAUCCUGGAUGUUUUAGGAGCAGGAAAGCCAUUACUUGUUGCUAUAAAUGAAAAUCUUAUGGAUAAUCAUCAAAUAGAAGUAGCACAGCGUUUCAGUAAUGAAGGGUUUCUAUAUUAUUGUAAACCAAGUCAAUUGGUGGAAACUUUACGAGAUGUAAAUUUUGAUGCUUUAAAACCUUAUGAACCAGGAAAACCUGAAAAAUUUGCCAAAGUUUUAGAUGAAAUUAUGGGGUUUACACGACCAGAUUCGUGAAAUUUACUUUUUAUGCGAUGAGAAUGGAUGAAAUCCAAUUUUACAUUGUACUAUAUUUAUUUAUU